AUGUCGCAACUCGAAAAUGGCCAUACGAAUGGCUUUGGAGACUCGGCCUUCAGCACGGAGACAGUACCUUCUGCCACUCGUUUCUCCGACAUCCCCUCUGCCAUCGAUAUCCCUGCAUCUACAUUCGACAGUGAGGUCGAAGUCAGUCUCGAAGAACUCCCUGAUGACCCAACUGAAUUGUGCACACUACUAGAGAACGAGAAGGCCGCGAAGAAUUUCUGGGUGAUUAUUUCGUUGGCAUAUGCGAAACAGAAUCAGCUUGACCAUGCGAUAGAAAUUCUGCAAAAGGGUUUGGCAUCUGUCGCUCAUGGAGCAACCAAAGAGAAGCUGGGGUUGUUGAACUGGUUGUGCUGGUUGUUGAUGAUCAAGAGCCGUCAAGCGCCACGUGUUGCUCCCGAUGGUGACAACUCAGAUGUGAAGACCAAGGAUUUUUAUCUUCAGCAGGCGACAUCGACUCUCAACGAAGCAUCCCGUCUUAAUCCUGCCUACACGCCACUCUUUCUUGCGCGUGGUGUCCUGUCCCUCCUUCGAGCAUCCCUAUAUCCUCCGCGUCCUGUUAGAACCGGAAUUCCUGAUACAUCCGAAAGAGUCGAGAGCUUACGGCAGGCUUUGAAGUGUUUCGAGGAGGCGUCGAAAGCUUCAGGUGGCAGGAAUGUGAUGGCUCAUUUGGGUCUGGCUAGAGCGCAGUAUUCUCUGGGUAACUACGCCGAAGCGCUUUUGGUGUACCAGACCGUUCUCACCAGAAUGCCCGGUCUUAUUGAUCCUGAUCCACGAAUUGGCAUUGGUUGCUGUCUUUGGCAACUGGGCUUCAAGGAAAGAGCAAAAGAUGCAUGGGAACGGGCGUUGUUUUUGAACCCCAAAUCAAAGGUCGCCAGUAUCCUAGUCGGGACGUACUAUUUGUACAGCAGCUCCCAAUAUCCUACGAGCGAUCCCCGGUUCGGAGAAUUGUACAGAACUUCGAUGACACAUACACAAGGCUCGCUUAAACUCGACAAGGACUAUCCAAUGGCAUGUGCUAGGUUUGCAGGUUAUAAAUUGAUCCGCAAAGAUUACAAAGCGGUGGAAGUUCUGGCUCGCAAAGCUAUUGAACAGACCGACGUUGUGAGUAUCGCCAGUGAAGGCUGGUAUCUCCUAGGCCGAAAGGCGCAUUACGAAGGCGACACGGCCAAAGCUUCCGAAUACUUUAACCGCUCCGAUCAAGCUCGUGGUGGCGGUGAGAGUGGGUUUUUGCCAGCAAAGUUCGGUGUUGUCCAGAUGCAAGUCAAAUCCAAGGAUUUGGAUGGAGCAAAGUUUCGACUGGAGAAGAUUAUACAACAGACGAAAAAUCCAGAAUCUAUGGCGCUCCUGGGCGCUCUACUAGCAGAAGAUGUCUUCGCUGCUCAGGCUAGCGGUAGCAAAGAUGAUAAAACUGCCGAUGCCACAAGAGCUAUUUCUCUUCUCGAGUCUGUCCGCAGCCUGUGGAAGGAUCCGGCAAAGAAUAUUCCCCCUGAUGAGUCUGUGUUGAUUUAUCUUUCUCGAUUAUACGAGAGCACAUCGCCAGACAAGAGCAUGCAGUGUCUCACCCAGUUAGAAGAAAUUCAGAUGGAUCAAAUCUCUGACCAAGAUAGACCUGACGCAACGCUCCAAAAUGGAGAGCUGAAGGCUGCGCUUCGGGAGUAUUUACCGCCACAACUUUUGAACAACAUUGGCUGCUUCCUAUAUCAAUCAGGUAAAGUAGCGCAAGCAAGAGAAUUAUUCCAAGCUGCCUUGACCGCUUGUGACAAGUCUGAGGAGCUAGAAGGUGAAAAGGCUACCGAUGCACUUCUCACAACAGUCAGAUACAACUUUGGUCGCUCGCUCGAAGCCCUCGAUCUACCGGAUGAAGCAAAGAAAGUGUAUGAGAGUCUUCUUGAACGACAUAGCGAUUACACCGAGGCUAGUGCGAGAAUGACCUAUAUUGCGCUUCGUCAGAGCCCGACGGAUGAAGGUCCAAAGAAGAUGGGUAAAUUGUAUGAAAGCGACUCGACGAAUCUUGAAGUUCGCGCGCUUUUCGGCUGGUAUCUUAGCAAGUCUAAGAAACGGGCGGCCAACUUGGCCGAGGACCCUGAACAACGACAUUACAAACAUACAUUGCAACAUUUUGACAAGCAUGACAGAUAUGCUUUAACAGGAAUGGGUAAUGUGCACCUCUUGACAGCGCGUGAUAUGCGACGUGAGACCGAUGCCGAUAAGGAAAAGAGACGGAAGAUGUACGAGCGUGCUGUGGAAUUUUUCGACAAGGCACUGCAACUAGAUCCCAAGAACGCUUACGCAGCUCAAGGAAUUGCAAUCGCCCUUGUGGAUGAUCGCAAGGACUUUACGGGUGCUGUUCAGAUCUUUUCGAAGAUUCGGGAUACCAUCAAAGACUCUAGUGUAUACCUUAACUUGGGACAUGCCUAUGCGGAAUUGAAACAGUUCUCGCGGUCGAUUGAGUGCUAUGAAAUGGCGCUAUCCAAAGACCGAGCUCGCGAUGCGCAAAUCUUGGCAUGUCUUGGACGUGUCUGGUGGUUGAGAGGAAAACAUGAAAAGAACCUUACCGCUAUGAAGACUGCUUUGGAUUAUGCAAGUCGUGCAUUGGCAGUUGCGCCGGAACAGGCGCAUCUUGAGUUCAAUGUGGCAUUUGUCCAAAAUCAGAUCGCACUUCUGGUGAACAGUCUCCCAGAGACACAGAGGACGCUACAAGAUCUGCAGGAGGCGGCCGAAGGCCUUGAGAAGGCUAUUGAGACGUUUACACGUAUUGCCCAGGCCAAGACUCCUCCAUAUCCUCGCGAGUCUUUGGAGCAGCGAGCGAACAUGGGCCGAAACACAAUCAGCAAGCAGCUCGAGCGAUCUAUUCAAAACCAGAAGGAAUAUGAGGAGAAGAACGCUCUCAAACUGCAACAAGCUCGCGCAGCUCGCGAGGCUGAAUUGAAACGCCGUGAAGAAGAAGUGCAAAAGGCUCAAGAACUUGAACAGGAGAGGAAGCGUCAAGUAGCAGAACAACGACAGCGUAUCAUUGAAGAAACGCAGCGACUAGCGGCAAAGAGGGCAGAAGAACAGCGGGCUCGCGAGGCGGCUGAGCUUACUACCGACACUGAGACGGGCGAGCGACAAAAACGCAAGAAGAAAGCCCCGUCUGGCGGCAGGAGAAGGAAGCGUCACGAUGAGGACGAUGGUGUUGUCUCCGAUGGUCGAAGCGUCAGUGUGGCUCGCUCUGAUGAUGAGGGAACCACUCCGGCGCCCAAAAGACGAAGACGAUUGGAACGUCGGGGAGGUGCCAAGGAGAAGCCAGGCAAAUACAAGAGUAGUGAGUUGGUGGUUGAUUCGGAUGAAGAAUUGGAUGAAGAUGCUGUUGCUGCUCCCGCUGCAGCAGCCGAUGAAGAUUUGUUCGGCGACGAUGACAACGGGGUUGCCGAAGAAGAAGAAGAAGCCGCGACACCAGUGGGCGAGGGUAGAGGAGGACGGGGCCGACGCGGCAAGCGGAUUGUCGACGACAGCGAUGAAGACGAAGACGAGCCUGCUGCUGUUUCCAGGGAGGCGGAAGAUGAGGAGAUGCAGGAUGCUGACGAUGAAUAA